GCGCUCAGCCGACACACACACCGCAAAAGGCCCACGAGAAGACCCCGCCGGCCCGCCCUCUCCCUCCCCACCUCUACUCCACCUCCAAUCCUCCCCGUUGCUGUCCCGCCGGCGUCGAAGCUCGAGAGAAGGGUGAGCACCUUGCCGCGAGGUGUGUCCGGUGAGCUAGCUAGGGACGCGCCAGCUCGUGCUGAUCUGACCUGGAAGCUCUGGAGGCGAUGAAAGCGCUCGGACGGGCGAUGAGGUGGGCUUCCUGCUGCAAGCUCUCGGACGGGGAUGAACCAGGUAGGAGGAAGAAGGACGCAUCGUGGCGGAUCUUUUCACUGAAGGAGCUUCAGUCAGCAACGAACAAUUUCAAUUACGAUAACAAGGUCGGCGAGGGUGGGUUUGGCAGUGUCUAUUGGGGCCAGCUCUGGGAUGGGUCACAGGUUGCUGUGAAGAGGCUCAAGAGUUGGAGCAACAAAGCUGAAACAGAAUUUGCUGUCGAGGUGGAGAUUCUGGCACGGGUGAGGCACAAGAGCCUUUUAAGCUUGCGCGGAUAUUGUGCUGAAGGCCAGGAACGCUUGAUAGUCUAUGAUUAUAUGCCAAACCUGAGCAUACACGCCCAACUUCAUGGACAGCACGCAGCAGAGUGCAAUCUCAGUUGGGAAAGAAGGAUGAAGAUCGCCGUCGAUUCCGCAGAAGGGAUCGCUUAUCUGCAUCACCAUGCGACGCCACACAUCAUUCAUAGAGAUGUCAAGGCGAGCAACGUUCUCCUGGAUUCGAAUUUCCAAGCUCGGGUUGCUGACUUUGGGUUCGCCAAGCUAGUUCCAGACGGCGCGACGCAUGUCACCACAAGGGUGAAAGGCACACUCGGUUAUCUCGCACCAGAGUACGCGAUGCUUGGGAAGGCCUCUGAAAGCUGCGAUGUCUUCAGUCUCGGAGUCAUGCUCCUAGAGCUUGCCAGCGGGAAAAAGCCAGUGGAGAAGCUUAACCCCACCACGAAGCGAACCAUAGCUGAGUGGGCUCUUCCUCUAGCUCGGGACAGGAAGUUCAAGGAAAUUGCCGAUCCAAAGCUCAAUGGUAGCUUCGUCGAGGACGAGCUGAAGCGAAUGGUGCUCGUUGGGCUCGCCUGUUCCCAGGACAAGCCAGAGCAGAGACCCGUAAUGUCUGAAGUCGUCGAGCUGCUCAGAGGAGAAUCUACCGAGAGGCUUUCCAGGCUGGAGAAUGGUGAUCUGUUCAAGCCUGAUAUCUCGUUCCAUGGCUCAUCCGGACCUGAUAGCUCGGACUGCGUCACGGAGGAGAGGAGUCCCAAGGCAGAUGCGACAGAGGAGGCUGUUGAUUCAAGUGAGACGGUUCCCUCAGCAAGGUAGUGUGAUGCACGGUGGUGUACUGUCAGUAGGUGCCCUGAGCUCCUUGCCUGGGGGAAAUGUGUUUAUCAGUUCAUUUUUGUGGUUAUUCCUUGCUAUUUAGCAAGUUAAUCUGGGAGCCUCCUUGCCCGGUUC